AUGCGGCAAAUCGGGGCUUCUCACUUGGACGAUUUGUAUAGGGUUGCGCUGGAUAACCUUAGAAUGAAGGCAUGUACAGAGGCAGAUAUCGCUCUGUUUAGAAGUCGUGUAGUUGGUCGGGUUGUGCAGCUAUCAGAUCAGGACUUGGAAUUAUCUAGAGAUCUGUCUAUUAUCACUGCGUUGAAUUCUCACAGAGACGCUAUCAAUGAAGUGGGCUGUACAUUAUUCGCCCAACGUCACGGUGUUCCUUUGCAAGCGUUUUAUUCGGAAGACAGUUGGGCUGGAGCUGAACGAAAAGAAAGUUUGCGAGAUCAGCAGAAGGAUAGUGUUGCUUCUUUUGACCCAUUACGAGAUACCACUCACAUCAAUAGAGAAAUACAAAAUAUGUUGUGGGAGCUUCCUCCAUGUCUUACUGAUCAUCAUGCCGGUAUCUUAUACCUAUGUAAAGGUCUGCCGGUUUUGCUGAAAAACAAUGAAGCGACUGAGUUGUGCGCAACUAAUGGUGCUGAGGCGAAAGUGUAUGAUUGGCAUUCACAUCGUGGUUCUGGUGGUAAAAAUGUUCUUGAUGUUCUUUUUGUACAGUUGGUGAAACCUCCUAAAGAUGUAUUUAUUCAAGGAUUACCUGUCAAUGUUGUACCCAUUGUGCCGUGCAAGAUGAGAGUGAAGUGUAUAAUUCCAAUAGGAAGCAAAUCGGUAAAUAUAUAUCGGAGUCAGGUGAUGAUAUUGCCGAAUUUUGCGAUGACUGAUUUUGCAUCCCAAGGCCGGACGAGAAAUAUGAACUUUUGUCAUUUGAAAUACUGUCGUACUUCACAAGCUUUGUACACUUGCUUAUCUCGCAGCUCGUCUUUAGAGGGGACAUUUAUCAUCGAAGGAUUCGACGAGUCUAAAUGUAGGGGUGGUUUACCCAAUUCUCUGAGACAAGAAUUUCGCGAACUGGAAAUUUUGAAUUUCGUGACAAUGUUGUCUUUCAAUAAUACUUUACCGCUUUCUGUAUCGCUCUCAUAUAGAGCGGAGACUAUUAAAACAUAUGUUUCGAAUUUUGGAGCUCGACACGUACCUGAAGGUGUACAUCGUGCCUUGGAUUGGUCAUCUACUGGUUUGAUUCAGAGCGAAGGCAGCGCUGUCUCAUUUCCAGAUUCGUCUAGCGGUAGCAAAGUAAAGUCGGUUAAUGAACGCGAUGUGAAAAGGAAAAGAAAUGAAGAUCGUUUUGUAGAAGUACGGAGUAUGAGCAAACAAAAGAAGAGGAGAUUAGAUAAAAUGGAUGAUAGUGAACCGAAGGCACUGACAAUAUCUCAUCGGUUUGGUUUCAAAUGGGAUAGUAUUAAUUACAGCUGUGCGUACGAUUCGUUGUUAAUGAUACUAUUGAACUUGGUGCAGGACAACAGGCAAGCGGAAUAUGAUCUGAGACGAAACUUGAUUCGUGAUUAUCUUUCUAAUAUCAAUGCAGUUAUGUUUCCUAGAUAUGGUCAAACGUUUGCAGCAGUGUCGGAUAUAUUCGAGGUGUUAUUUACCGUGCCUAUGUCAAAUACGUGUACUCAAAGCGAUUGUAUGAAUUGUGGCAUGCUGAUACAGGGCGGUGUCGAGCCGUCAAUCGCGCGAUCAUGUCCUAUUUAUUAUCUCACUCAGGAAAGUUUAUUAAGGGCGUAUGAGGUUGAUACCAAUGCUGUUGUAGAGACUGUUGUGCGAGAUGUAUUUGAGGCACCCAGACAUGCAUUAUGUUCAUCAUGUAAUAAUAUGAUGGCUGUUCGGAGAGUGUUGUGUUUCAAUGUGCCGAUAAUAUGUGUCGAAGUCCAUUUAACUUAUGAUCUCUGCGUUAAUAUCAAAGUUGCGGGUGAGUUACGUUUGCGUGUGGGCCUUGAUCAUAGUAGCUGGAGGCUGUGCGGAGCAGUAUACCUGGGUAAUAAUCACUUCACUUCCAGAUAUGUUGAUGUCGAUGGCAGAUCAUGGUAUCAUGACGGUAUACUCACUGGUCGUGUAUGUGUAGAUGAAGGCCUGUUACAAAAUAUACAUAUUGGAUACCAUGGUACCUCAGUCGUUACUCAUUUGUUAUAUGUACAUAACUACACGGCUGAAUAG